UCGACCAUCAAGAAUGGAAUUGUUAAGUGUGACUCCUGACCUUACAGAGUCAGGUCCUAUCGAUAGAAUAGUUUCAAUUAUUCGUGUCAAUUAGCUCUGGGACCAUACCUAUCGUUUUGUUUACUAACGGAUUUUUAUUUGAGUGGAUGAUACGCCGACAUGGAUUUCUUGAAGAACCGAGACCUGAAAAAUGUGCCUACCAUCUACGAAUAUUAUAAAGGCAAGACCAUCUUCAUAACUGGUGGCACAGGUUUUAUGGGCAAAGUUUUAGUAGAGAAACUGCUAUACUCCUGUUCAGAAUUGGACAGAAUCUAUUUGCUGUUGAGAAAUAAGAAAGGGGUGAAAGCGGAGGAGAGAUUGGCAUCUUUGUAUUCUUCUAAGUGUUUUGAUCGGCUGAGAAAGGAGAAACCAGAUAUUUUUCAGAAGAAGGUUUUCUUUAUUGCCGGUGACUGCAGUGAAAUUGGAUUAGGAAUUUGUGCAGAAGACCGGACUUUGAUUGUCAACAGAACGAAUAUAAUUUUUCAUGUUGCAGCCAGCGUAAGAUUUGAUGAUUCGCUAAAAACUGCAGCCAGGCUAAACCUUCGCGGCACAAAGGAGAUGGUGGAACUUGCUAAGGAAGUCCGGCAUUUGGAGGUGCUAGUCCAUGUUUCUACGUCAUACGCCAAUACGAACAGAAAAUGCAUCGAAGAGGUCAUCUAUCCGGCUUUUGCGGACUGGAGGGACACGCUGGAUAUAUGUGAGAACAUCGAUGAUCACAUGCUUAAUGCUCUCACCCCUAAGUAUUUAGGCGAGCUCCCAAAUACUUAUGUGUUUACAAAGCAAUUGGCGGAACAUGUACUGGCGGAGCAGAAAGGCAAACUGCCUAUCGUCAUAAUGAGGCCAUCUAUUGUGAUAUCGAGCCACACUGAACCAUUAGUGGGAUGGAUAGAAAACCUAAAUGGGCCAGUUGGAAUGAUGAUUGCAAGUGGUAAAGGAAUUCUACGGACAAUGUACACCAAUCCAGAUUUAGAAGCAGACUAUAUACCAGUUGAUGUAUGUAUAAAGUCCUUCAUAGCAGGGGCUUGGGCGAGAGGCACUCAAAAGUUGAAACCAACAGACGAGAUAGACGUGUACAAUUGUUCGUCCAGCCACAUGAAAACUAUGACUAUGGGCGAAGUUGUUGACUACGGCAAGAAAAUUGUCCGCGAGAUUCCUUUAGAGGGCAUGCUCUGGUAUGCUGGCGGGUCCCUGACGACUUCUAGACUGAUGUACUACUUUAAGGUGCUGUUCUUUCACUUAUUGCCAGCCGUUUUGGUGGAUCUUGUGUUAAGGAUUACUGGGAACAAGCCAAUGCUGGUCAAACUCCAACGCCGCAUCUAUACAGCUAAUUUAGCUUUGCACUACUACGUUACCCAGCAAUGGACAUUCACCAACAAAAACAUCAUAGAACUUCGAGAGAAGAUCAGAGAAGAAGACCGAGAUCACUUCUAUUACGAGAUGGAGACGAUAAACCCUGAAGAGUUCUUCAAGAACGCGUGUAUUGGAGGGAAGGAGUACAUACUGAACGAGAGAAUGGAAAAUCUUCCAAAAGCUAAGGCCCAUUUUAGAAGAAUGGAGCUAUUGGACCGGGUGGUCAGUACUGCAAUACAAGGCUACGUCCUAUGGUUUCUCCUCAAUAUUGGAUUUGUGAAGCGAUUCCUGCAAUCUAUCUUUUAUUAAUGUCUUUUGAAUAAAUUAGGUACCAAUUUUAAUAAACUUUAUAAUCAAAACGGAAUAAUAAAAUUAAUUUUAUGAUCUAAAUA